AACGAUUUAGUGUUUCUUCUCUUUGCUGCCCAUUACUUCGGGAUCGCUACGAGAAGCGCGAUGGCGACGCACGAUGAUUCCAGAUCUCCUCAAAAGAAAGCAGCGGAUGAUAUCCCCAUCUACAGUGCAGAGAAUCUCCAAAGCAACAUGAAAUCGAUCUACUACAGUCGUACAUUUUUAUCCAUCAUUGGCGGAGUGGUUGCAGGAAUCUGGGGAAUCUCAGGCUGGACAGGCUUUAUAGUUUAUUUUUUGGUAAUGGCUUUUGCUUCUUUGGGACUUGCAUUGAAGGCUAAAUUCUCUGCUCACAAAUAUUUUGAUUCUUGGAACCGGGUCCUCUUUGAUGGAUUUUUUGGUGGGCUCAUGUCGUUUGUGCUGUUCUGGACAUUUGCCUAUGAUAUUGUUCACAUAUUUUAAGUGAAUGGAGCAUCUAGCUGCGGAGCUGAUGGAUGGAGCUUAUAGAACUAAAAGAUCUGUUGCAUUAAUGCAGUUUCUUCCUUUAGUCACAAUUAUGGGCUGCUAGAAGCAACCAUAACGCUGUAGAUUAGUAUGCACAAACCUUUUGAUUUCAAAAUCUAAGAUGUUGUAUAAUCUUUGGUCGUUUAAGUUAUUGCUUUGGUGAUUGAGACUCCACACUUGCGUGAUAGAUCACAUGACUCUUAUAAAGUGGAUUUUUUAUGAGGUAUUCAGGCAUUUAUCCUGAUAUUCUGCU